UCUCAUCACACACUAGCUAGCUCUUGUAGCACAAGCUAAGCACAGGGCUGAGAAUUAGAAGAGGGAUCCAUCGGUCGAUCGAGCAUGGCGCCCAAAGGUUUCCUCCUGGUGCUCGCGCUCCUGCUUGCUGCUGCUUUACUCGUCUCCGCCGCCGAAGAAACUCAGGGCAAGAAGAAGGAGGAGGAGAGCAAGGUGGACGUGCAGGACUACUACCGCGGCGGCGGCGGAUAUCCGGGCCGUGGUUACCCAGGCCGUGGAGGAGGAGGGUACCCGUACCCUGGCCGCGGCGGAGGUGGGUACCCGGGCCACGGCGGUGGGUACCCGGGCCGCGGCGGCGGGUACUGCAGGUGCUGCCGCCGCGGGUACUACGGCGGCUGCCAGUGCUGCGGGAGCGUCGACGAGAUCCCGGAAGCUAUGUACCGCCCCGAGGCAGAUCAGGUGCAUCACUAGAUCGAGCACCACACCAAGGAUCUAUACGACGGUGUCACGUACUCGGUACUCAUAAAUAAAAGUCUAGUUUGAUCAAUAAAAGAAGGAAGCUAGGUCGAAUGUAUGUCUGUCGAUCAUGGUAUGGGUAGGCAGCGUAGUACGCGUGAUCCUGUAGAACGCAGCCAUGUGUUCUUGCAGGUUGCGAUAUACGGGGUAUGCAUGUUGAGUUGAUCGGUACUGUGUGUGUCUAGAUCGUUUCCAUGGGUUGGCUAGUGCACGUGAAUGUUGUCAGGUAUUGAAUGUAUGGUGUUGUGUUAUAUAUGUUCGUGAAAUAAAAACUCUUUAUAUUUCACAUAA